AAGCAGCAAAACCAUUGGAGUACUUGGACAAAAGUUUGUUAAGGUUGUUGAACUUCAAAUACCUGCUAAUCUUAAUUCAACUGAUCUUCUUCUUUUUCUUUUCAAAAUCUCCCUUAUAAAUAUUCCUUCAUUCUCUCUACUUAACCAUUCACAACCUAUAUACACAAAUUCCAAUAAACCAAUUAUAUCAAAAAUAUUUCUCAAACUUCCGACCGAUCAGUUGAAGUAGAAGCGUCUCAUAAACUAAGUCAACUCGUCUCAUCAAUACUUUUCCAGCUUCGACAUGGCUUACAAGCUUUUGGCUUUUUCAAAUUUUGUUCUGUCACUGAUUUUUAUGGCAGUAGUACUGCAGGCAGUUGAUGGGCAAAUUAUAAGUACACCGUGCACGGGACCGAUGAUCACUAGCUUCACACCAUGUGUGAACUUCUUGACUAAUAGCAGCAGCAAUGGGACUUCACCAACUGAAGAUUGCUGCAGUGCACUCAGGACUAUGAUGACCAACGGCACGAGUUGUCUCUGCCUUAUUGUAACUGGUGGUAUUCCAUUCCAGAUGCCAAUGAAUCCUAACUUAGCCAUGUCUCUUCCCCAAGCUUGUAACAUGCCUGGUGUUCCCCUCCGGUGCAAAGCCCCUAGUCCACCUGCGGUUGUUGCACCUGGUCCUAUUGGUGACACUGGGGCUCCAAGUGCUUCACCAACAUCUGCUCCUAUUAUCCCUGCUCGUAAUCCUAAAGAUUCUACUGUUCCACCGCCGUCGCCAUCAACUUCAACAUCGCCAGCUGAGGAAAUACCAAGUCUUACUCCACCAUCUCCGCCAGCGGGUUCUUCACCUACGGCGACAAAUUCCGGCAGCCAAACCCCGACUGCACCAUCAGCUGCACCUUCUCUUGGCUACGGAGUUUCACUAUUAUUUCUGCUGACUGCAUUUGGAGCAAUUUCAUUAAGCUUGUAUUAGUUUGACAUAUUACCGUUAAAUAAUUUAGUUAAUUAAAAUAUAUUCCAUUUUUUUUUUUGCGUGGAGUGAUGAGAUUAUAGCAUUUAUUUUCAGAUUGUGUAAAACAAUUAGAAAUAUACAGUAGCGACGUUGAUGUGUACAUAUAGAAACAUAAGAAAUAAUGUACCUAAUAUUUGAUCAUAUGGGUACUUCUAUUUGAUUUAAAGAA